UGUGUUAUAUCUGUGAUUAGCUUCUGUUACCCGCGUGCUGUGUGAUUAUGUUUAUUGUUUACAUCUACAAUCAUGGUAGAUAAGUGGGUGUACAACACGGUGCUGUGUCAGACAUUCUCGCCAUGCGGUAAUUACAUGUGUGCUGGCAAUACAUAUGGUGAUGUAGCCGUUUACGAUUUACAGAAAAUACUAAGUCCUUCAGAGGAUGUUUCUCCUCCAUUUAGAAAACCAGAAUAUCACUUUCUGGUCAACAAGGAUGUACAAAUAUGUAGCAUGGCCACAACAAGCAAAUUUCUCCUGACUGGUACUGUGGGUGAAAUAAAUGGCUGGGAUUGGAAGUCUGUUACUUCGACAUCAGGGAAAGCUCCCAAGCCAUUAUGGUCUCUUCAGCUUCCUUCAUGCAAGGACAUUCUGGAGAAAGCAGAUGUAAAUUCUUUAGAUUUUAAAGAGGAGCCUGGAUAUAUAUAUGCUGGUUGUGGUGACAACAAAGUUCAUAUUUUCGCUAUAGAAGAUGGGAGGCUUGUUAGAACACUGGAAGGACAUGAAGAUUAUAUUCAUUCAGUACAAAGCUGCUCGGAUAAUCAGAUAGUAUCUGCAAGUGAGGAUGGAACUGUACGUAUUUGGGAUUUAAGACAGACGAGAGCAAUAGCUGUUAUUCAGCCACAUCUGAGUAACAAGGUAGCUCGGCCAGACCUGGGGAAAUGGAUUGGAGCAGCUGCUGUUUGUGAUGACUGGCUUUUGUGUGGAGGUGGCCCACGCUUAGGAGUUUGGCAUUUGAGAUCUAUGGAAGUAACGACGACAUUCAAAUUAGAAGAUUAUGGGAUCCAUGUGGCAAUGUUUUAUGACGAUGGAGUGAUGGCAGGUGGUGCAAGUCCUUAUUUUUACCAGAUGAAUUUAAGUGGUGAUAUCUUGGCACAGAUACCUUCAUCUUCAACAACUGUAUAUUCAGCUGUGUAUCAAGAAGAACCAUUGAAGGUCAUGUGCAUUGCGGGCUCCAGUUCCAAAAUUGAUUUGUGCACAAAUUUCAGCUACAGAGACCAGAUACUCAGUUUCGCUCCGUGAAUACAGAAUCUAAUUUUUUGGUGUAAACGGAGAGGGACUGAGAUUGCGUCUCUGCUUUUGAUACGUAUUACUGUGUGCUGAGAAAACUUUGCAACUUCAUUUAGUGGUAAGAACCCGAAUUUUUUACUAAAUGAUGAAGAACUUAGAAAUUCUUUCUAGAUAUUGAAUAUAUCAGUGUGCCUGGGUCAAAGUAAGAUUGAUGUGAGAUGAAUUUCAUAUAUUUGUAAUGAGAAAAUCUUGACAAGUUGCAGAUAUAUACCGAAUUUUGAAAAGAAGAGGGAGAUGAUAUGUGUUGCAAACUUUACUUGUAGAUUUGUUUGGAGUUCCCUGCAGACACAACAUACUUGAAAAAGUUGGUGACUACUAGUGCAGAUUCGUGUUAAAGAAGGAAAUGGUGCUGUAUUUCUUGUCAGGAAAAUUAAAAAGACUCAUCCCUGUGUGUAAUAUAUGAUCUUUGGUAAAUGUGUUAUUUGGAUAAUAUCAGUUAGUAAGAGACAUAUACCUGUAUUGUAGCAAACAGAUGUAUGGAAACUGGAAGUAGAUACUAUAACUUUUUCUAUGAAGUCAUGAAAUGUGCAAAUGAUACAUGCGUUUUUAUGAAUAAGUGUGCAGUGUACAAAAGUAUUGUGUGGAGAAGAAAAUUAUUUUCUGUGUAUUUUGAUUUUUAAUUGUUGUCACUGGAAUGUGUUGUGUCUGAUUUCUAACAGAGAUAAACCAAUAUCUUUUAA